UAUUUCCAGAAAAGAUUCACACUCCAAUGGCAUGUAAGAAACAGCUUUGUACUCGUCAGUACAUUAUCCCCAGAUCUCCUGCUGUAAGUACAGCUUCUUCCGAAGAAGAAAGCUACAGAGAAGCCAGCCCCUCCCCAACACCAUUGAGUGAAUGGGACCAGACCCCAUUGAUCUUCCCUGCCAGACGAGAAAUUAAUAAGAGAGACAGAGAAGCACCUAAGCAAGUCUGGAGCAGUCUAUUUUUGGAACAGCAAAUGACAAAAAAGUCUAUUCAACUCCACUCAGUAAAUCCCCUGUACUUGGAGGCUACAGGCACACACAUCAAUAGACACGUGAGACUUCAGAACAAGCCCUCUUGCAUCUCCAAGGGAGAUUCUGUCUCACCUGGUCCCGCUCCGAGACCUUACACUGCCGCCGGCCUCUGCGGGAAAAGCCAGACCCCUUCGGCGGCGUCGAGGGUGUCCCGGAGUUCCUCAGAGCCCAAGCUAGAGGAGAGGACGGCAGCCACAGCCGGCGCUCUGGCAAACCCAGAUUUCCAAAGCCAGCUCCAGGGCGCGCCCGGAAAUCCAGUCGUAAGAAGCGCAGUUGCCAUGGCAUCGGAGAUGCUCCCCAAGCAUCCUCAUCCCCUGGGGAAAAGGGGGCCCAGGGCGGACGCCUCCCUCCACGGCAAUCUGGCAGGAGCUCCCCUUCCUCAGUUUGCCGGUGCUCCCACCCAUCUCCCCUCGAAGAGGUUAAUCAAGGUUUGCUCUUCUCCCCACUCCCGCCCACCCUGGCGUUUCCAUACGGUUUGUUCACAGGCCCCUCCUAGGCCGGGGGUGAAUGCUCACUUACGUUGACCGCUGCGAGGGAAUUGUUCGGCGAGCGCUGCCCAUCUUCAAAUCAAUGCCUGCCCAGAACAACAGAAAGGGCCUCAGAUGUACUGGUUUCCACAGAACCAUUGUUAGGCUUUUGUGAAGCAGUUUUGAAC